AUGGAGGCCUCUAAGAAGAAUCUAUUUGCCAUGAGUGACGCAGAAAUUUUGGAAGUCAUUUAUGCCACUCAUGAAGUUAGUCAUGACCACGAUUCCUUUGACGUUCAUUCUCUUUUCUCCAUCACUCAAAGCAUCAUUAAGUGUUCAAAGCAGAUCGUCGAUAGUAUCGACCAGAAGGUCCCCCAAGUAUAUGCUGAAAAUAUGGGUGGAAUAACUAUUGCACCCAGCUUCAGCACGCCCUUGUGCGUUUUAAAGUCCAUAGUUCGAGAGGAUAUGGAGAAAAAACAAAUGUCACAAAACCAAACGCAAGAAUGA